AUGGAACACAAAGGCCAGAGCGCACGGGACUCUAGCGCCGAGUCGAACCGAGGACUGGUCGCGGCGCACGAGCCUCCGCAGUGCAACCAUCGCGUCACCAACUUCUACAUCGACAACAUCCUCCGCGCGGACUUCGGGCGGAGGAAAGAUAAGAGGCCGGGGUCUGAGCGCGGUGUGGCGGGGCUGGACGUGUCAGGCCCCGGGGAGAAGCAGGAGGUGACGAAGGAGAAGGGCCGUGGGGCGGAGGGCAAAGACUCUGGAGAUGAGACGAGCAAAAGCGAAGCGGACGCGAGCGCAGGGCCCGCGGCGAAACCGAUGCUGUGGCCCGCGUGGGUCUAUUGCACGCGCUACUCGGACCGGCCCUCUGCAGGCCCCAGGUCCCGUAAACAAAAGAAGUCUGCGGAGCCCGCUAAAGACGACAAGCGGCCGCGCACGGCCUUCAGCGCGGAGCAGCUGCAGAGACUCAAGACCGAGUUCCAGACGAACCGGUACCUGACGGAGCAGCGGCGCCAGAGCCUCGCGCAGGAGCUGGGCCUGAACGAGUCCCAAAUUAAGAUCUGGUUCCAGAACAAACGCGCCAAGAUCAAGAAGGCGUCCGGAAACAACAACAACUCUCUAGCGCUGCACCUGAUGGCGCAGGGCCUGUACAACCACUCCACCAGCAAGGACCGCUCCGACAGUGAGUGA